AUGACCACCCCAUCGCAAAACCUGCCCUGGGUAUUCAACAAAGCAGUUAUUGUUCAUUCGCCCGAUCUCGAUGUGUCGUGUCGGGCUAGCCUUCGUAUUUUCCAUGAUAAAACUGCCGGCCGGGGAUCUAUCACCCUUUCGAUUACGGCAGAUCUCGCUAACCCUCGCGUCAGAGCACAGGUGAGGUUGAAUAUUCCCCCAGAAAGAGUCGCAAAAUGUACAUUACACAAGACUAGCAACGACGGCCUCUGUUCACCUAGUUUGGUUCCCACGAUCCCGGCACUUGUCACCAAUGUUUCGGCCGUCUCAACACUGUGUUUGACCCUCAGUACGAUCGGCAUUGUUUUUUGUCCAUCUGAGACGGAGUCUCUCAGUCCAACCACACCAGGAAACUUAAAUUUCCACUCGUUUGCAAAGAUCUGUCGAUCCGAAUCUCUCCGUAUACACUUUGCCAGACGACAAUGUGUGAAUAAAGAACUUAAUAAGCUCGAAAGUUUCUCCCAGGCCCUGCGAGGAAGAAGUCUUGAGGCAGAGCCUUUUGACCACGCUCGCCAUCGCAUGGUCCAGAGAGAUUGGCAUGUCUUCGGUCUGGCGUCUGAUCCACCCCCAUAUUGUCAGGAAGCCGUGUCGGAACAGGUGAAGCAGGUGGGUCCACCCCCAUAUUGCGAGGAGUCCGUGUCCGAGCAGGUGGUUAGAAAACGGCGUAGAGAUUCAAUGCCACUUGACAAUAAACCACGAAAAAUAGCGCUCCUUUCAUCCCCUGCAUCAUUAGGCUCUCCCACUGAGCCCGAUACACCGAGAACUCUCCGCCUAUCCCCUCCGUCCCCAUCCUUAAUCCGCCCAACCUGCUUCACGCGUGCUCUCUCUCCUGGCCGCACAGAGCGUAAUAGACUGGCGGGCCUUGUACAUGAGUUCAGUAGUUUGUCAGAAGACCAGGCUCGCGAAGUAUUAAUUGCAUCAGGACACGCCCAUCUGCUAGCCAUGCCAAAUGAUGUAGACAGUGGCCUGCCAUCUGCGUCUGCGUCUGCCAAAGUCAGCUUUGCCAAGGGCGAGCUGAUCAAACGCCGCCGCCUGGAACGAUAUAUCGAUAAGAUAAUUAAGCGCCACAUAUCACCGAUUGUCGAUGAGAUUGUCGAGAGUGCUGUGAGCAAGUCUCGUGACCAGUUCUUCGACGAAUGCAAAAUGAACGAGGCCGAAUUUCGCGAGCAGGUCGACGAUGGGAACUCCGAGGUACGCACGAUGGCCAAUGAAUGUAUGAAGGAAAUGAAAGAAGAAGCGCAGAAGCACAUACAUGAGAUAGAAGAACAAGCGCAACAGUGCAUGAAUGAUAUUCAGAAUCAGGGAAUCGAGGCUGAGAUGUUUGCGGAGAGACAAAUCGCAAAGUUCAAGUCCUGGUCCAAUGUUUCUCCCCGAUCCUUACUUGAUCGCAAGUCAAGUAGCCAUGAGCUGGGCACUGAUGCCAGACGCGGCUCCAUUUAA